CGAAGCGAUUCCAACCCAAAUGAUUACUAGAUCGUCAAUUCUUACGUAAUAGUUUUCGCUUCGGAAUGCUCGUUUUUGCACGUGUUCUUAUAAUUAAACCUAAUUAAGUAUAUUUUUAUUUGACGCUCAAAUGUUUAAUUUGAUUCCGUGAAGAACGGGAAACUCGACGAAAGAAUUAAAUUUUACUCAUUUACAAUCGAUUAAACACGCACCCCACCGUCGCGAAUCAUUUUCAAUAACACAAUUGUAACUAGUACGAACAGUUUCCAGCUCUUAUGGAGAGUGUAUUGUUGUUCGGCUGCAGAAAGUUUUCUCGUAUGCGUCAAUAUACAAUGUUUCAUGCGCGUUUUUUUUUUCUUCUUCUUCGUGUUUGAUCAAGAUUGAGAAUUGAAGAAUUUAUCCAGUGCGAGUAUAUUUUAAAUGCUCGCCAAAUAUUUUCAAAAGUUUUUCAAAAUGUCUAAUUCUUCAGUUGCACCGGUGGAUACGUUGGUAGCCGAAAAUGAAGCCGAAUUAAAAAAACAAGGAACAAUUAACAUCAACCAAUACACAACGAAGAAAACCGUCGCCCAAGGAAUGUUAGAUAUAGCUUUGCUAACCUCAAACGCAAGUCAAUUAAAGUACAUUUUGCAAACGGGCGAAAAAAUGCAGUUUUAUCACAUAUUGUUAUGGCUGAUUAGUAGUUCCAUAAUCCUUCAGAUUGUUGUAGGUGGUUUAUUUCUAAUGAUCGGCGGAUUAAACCUUAACGAUAAACCGGAUCACAAAAGAGCAACUUUACUCAACGACAUUAUCCUAUUAUUCAUUUUCCUGAUUACUUCUGUAAAUGUGAUAAUUUCUGGAUUUGGUCUGAAUUCAACGGUGGCAUGAAAAACUUGACUCAACUUUGGAGUAGAUUCGGAAAAGUUCAAAUUCAGUCAAUUUACAAAUGCAGAUUGUUAUUUUACUGCAGGGAGAAAAUUAAUUUAAUUUACAUGUGAGGAGAUAAUACUUGUAAUGAAUAAAUAUGACAUGUACAUAUUUGUAGAGCUUUUUCCCCUACAAAUUAUUUUGUAUUCAACUUCAGUAUUAAUAUAUUUACGUAUGUCUAAUCUGAAUUUUGUUCAGUAUUUUGAAUUUUUUUAAAAAUCCUUAGCUACCUAUUAUACAGUUCCUUUGUGUCUUGUUAUACCAUAAAAUAAAAAUUUCGAUAUUAUAAAUUAAAAAAUAAAGUGAAGUUCUGUUAUCAUCA